AUGUCUUGCGAAGAACCAAUGCCAAAAAAGCCAAAAGUUGAUGCCAAAGAAGCUGUUGAAACAGCUGAAGCCGAAGAAGAGGAAUCUCCAAAAAUGCAGCAAGCAGAAAAGAAUGACAGUGGCGAAUCCUUCUUUGCACUUUCUUCUACCAGACGAUGCACCAUUCGAUCCUUCAAAGGCACAACUUUGGUCGACAUUCGCGAAAUGUAUGAGAAAAAUGGCAAAAUGCUUCCUGGGAAGAAAGGCAUCAGUCUCACUACAGAACAAUUUGAGGUCCUUCGAGACAUUAUCAAAUCGGGACAAGUAGAAAAGGAAAUUGCAGAGCUCUAA